AUGGGGAAAUGCUUUGCUUUGAUGACUUUCCUGGUUUCUUUUCUUCUUCUUAUCCUUCAAAACCUUGAACUCGUUCAUGCCGACGGAUGUGCCGGAACCUUAUUCAACCGUAACAGAACCUACGCUCAGAACCGUAACAAUCUCUUCUCUACUCUUGCUUCAAAAGUCGUUGCCAACGGUGGACUCUACAACGAUUCACUCGGCCAAAAUCCAAACAGAGUUCAAGCUCUUGUCUUCUGUACAAGAGGCGUUGAGCAAGCUUGUAUUAGUUGUGUUCAAAAAGUGAUUCAGAAUAUACAAACGAAUUGUCCAGAUCGCAUGGAUUCGUUCCUGUGGGACAAAGACGAUGUAGACGACCAUGUUUCUUGUCUUGUACGUUACUCAAACCAAGCAGCUUUCCGGAACUUCGAGCUUCGACCUGUUGUCAUUCACCCAAAUCCAAAAAGUAUCGAACAAUCCAAGAACAUGACCCUUUUCACUAAACAGUGGGAAGCAACGGUUAAUCGGACUAUCAAGCUUGCCACGGAAUCUAAUACUUCCUCGCUAUACUUUGGUGCUGUUAAAGCCGAGUUCACGGAGUUUCCAAAUGUAUACAUGUUGAUGCAAUGCACGCCCGACAUAACUUCCCCAGAGUGCAAGAUAUGUUUGGAAAGCUGCGUGGCAAACUUUAAAGCACAGUAUUGGGGAAGCGAAGGAGGUGAGGUUAGUCGUCCGAGUUGCGUUUUCAGGUGGGAUCUAUAUUCUUUCCGUAGUGCUUUUGAUAAUAUAACAAUAUUUCAUGCACCUCCUCGAGUUAAGGCACAGGCACCUGCAAAUGACAAGAAAGGAAGAAGCAUUAUGUAUGGUGGAAUUAUCGCGAUAAUUGUGCCUUGUUUCAUUAAUCUUUUGGUGUUUAUUGGCCUCAUCAAAUUUUAUGGUCCGAGGAGAAAAUCUAAGAACGGAAUCAUUGGUAGUGCGGAGUACUCUGAUGCGGACGGUCAAUUUAUGUUACGGUUUGAUCUUGAAAUUAUCAUAAUGGCAACCAAUGACUUUUCAUCUGAAAAUAAGCUUGGCCAAGGUGGAUUUGGUACCGUCCAUAAGGGUAUAUUACUAAACGGGAGAGAGAUAGCGGUGAAACGAUUAAUAAGAGGUUUAGAAGGAGAAAUGGAGUUUAAGAAUGAGGUUUCACUCUUGACAAGACUCCAACAUAAGAACCUCGUUAAGCUUCUUGGUUUCUGUAAUGAAAGAGAUGAAGAGAUUCUUGUCUAUGAGUUUGUCCCUAACUCAAGUCUUGACCACUUCAUCUUCGAUGAAGAGAAGCGUUCGCUUCUCACAUGGGAGGUGAGAUUCAAAAUUAUAGAAGGUGUUGCUCGAGGUCUUGUUUAUCUCCAUGAAGACUCUCAGCUAAAGAUUAUUCACCGAGAUUUGAAGGCUAGCAACAUCCUUUUAGAUGCAGAGAUGAACCCUAAAGUUGCAGACUUUGGUACAGCAAGGCUGUUCGACCCUGAUGAGACAAGAGCUGAAACAAAGCGAAUAGCUGGAACCCGUGGAUACAUGGCUCCGGAAUACAUGAAUUGCGGGGAAAUCUCAGCUAAAUCUGAUGUAUAUAGCUUCGGUGUUGUGCUUCUAGAGAUUAUAAGUGGUAAAAGAAACAAUAGCUUUGAAGGAGAAGGAAUUGCAUCUUUUACAUGGAAGAGAUGGGCUGAAGGAAGGCCAGAGAUCAUAAUUGAUCCUUUCUUGGCUGAUAAUUCGAGUAGUGAGAUCGUUAAGUUGAUCCAAAUUGGUUUGUUGUGUGUUCAAGAGAAUGCAACAAAAAGACCAACCAUGAGUUCUGUAAUGGUCUGGCUUGGAAGUGAGAAUAUCACCAUUGCUUUACCUAGGGCUCCUGCUUUUACAAUGAUUAAAUCACAAUCUGAAGAUUGUACAAUGUCAAUGAGCAACGUCUUCACGGAGAUGAGUUCUCUUUCUUGUCUUGUACGUUCCUCAAACCACACAACUUUCCAGAGCCUCGAGCUUCGACCUGCUGUCAUUCACCCAAGUCCAGACAGUAUCGAACCAUCCAAGAACAUGACCCUUUUCACUAAACAGUGGGAAGCAACGGUUAACCGGACUAUCAAGGUUGCCACGGAAUCUAAUACUUCCUCGCUACUUCAGUACUUUGGUGCUGUAAAAGCCGAGCUCACUGAAUUUCCCAGUGUAUACAUGCUGAUGCAAUGCACGCCCGACAUAACUUCCCCAGAGUGCGUGAUAUGUUUGGAAAACUGCGUAGCAUAUUUUAAAACACAGUUUUGGGGACGACAAGGAGGCGCGGCUAGUCGCCCAAGCUGUAUUUUCAGGUGGGAUCUAUAUCCUUUCCAUGUCGUUAGCGCCGUCGGGUGUGCCGGAAGCUUUUUCAACACUAACAGCACCUUCGUUCAGAACCGGGACGAUAUCUUCUCUACCCUUGCUGAUAAAGUCAUUGCGAACGGUGGAUUCUACAACGCUUCACUAGGCAACAGUCCCAACAUCGUUUACGCUCUUGUCCUCUGCCAAAGAGGCUACGACCAACAAGCUUGUUCCAACUGUGUCCAAAGCGCGACUCGGGGUAUACAAACAAACUGUUUUAACCGCAUGGAUUCGUUCACGUGGGACAAAGACGCUGAAGACAAUGUUUCUUGUCUUGUACGUACCUCAAACCCCUCAACUAUCGGGAAACUCGAACUUAGACCUGCUAUAAUAUACCCAAGUCCGCUGAGUAUUGAGACAUCUAAUAACAUGACCAUUUUCGAACAAGAGUGGGAUGGAAUGGUUAACCGGACUACCAAGGCUGCCACGGAUGCUGAAACUUCAUCGGUAAUUAAGUACUAUGGUGCCGGAAAAGCCGAGUUUACCGAGUUUCCGAAUGUUUACAUGCUGAUGCAGUGCACACCCGACAUAACUUCUCAAGAUUGCAAAACAUGUUUAGGAGAAUGCGUGACGUUAUAUAAAAACCAGUUUUGGGGAAGACAAGGAGGCGAGGUCAAUCGUCCGAGCUGUUUUUUCAGGUGGGAUUUUUAUACAUUCCACGGUGCUUUUGGUGAUGUUACUAAGGUUCCUGCGCCGCCUCGACCUCCGGCUCAGGAAAAGGAGGGCUCUGCAAUCGACAAGAAAGGAAGAAGCGCAAGGUCGUGGGUAAUCAUAGCGAUAUUUGUGGCUCUUACUUUUAUCAAUAUUUUGGUAUUUAUCGGUCUCAUAAAGUUCUUUGCUGGGAGGAGAAGAUCAAACAACGGAUACAAUAAUAUUGGUAGUGCAGAAUACUCUGAGUCUGAUGGUCAAUUUAUGCUACGGUUUAGUCUCGGUAUGAUCUUGACGGCUACUGAUGACUUCUCGUCUGAGAAUAAGCUUGGCCAAGGUGGAUUUGGUACCGUGCAUAAGGGGAUAUUACCAAACGGGCAAGAGAUAGCGGUGAAGAGAUUAGCUAAAGGUUCAGGACAAGGAGACAUAGAGUUUAAGAAUGAGGUUUCACUCUUGACAAGACUCCAACAUAGGAAUCUGGUUAAGCUUCUUGGGUUUUGUAGUGAAGGAGACGAAGAAAUUCUUAUCUACGAGCUUGUCCAUAAUUCAAGUCUUGACCACUUUAUCUUUGAUGAUGAGAGACGUUCACUUCUUACAUGGGAUGUGAGAUUCAGAAUUAUAGAAGGCAUUGCUCGAGGUCUUCUUUACCUUCAUGAAGAUUCUCAGCUAAAGAUUAUUCACCGAGACUUGAAAGCAAGCAACAUCCUGUUAGAUGCUGAGAUGAACCCUAAAGUUGCAGACUUUGGGACCGCCAGGUUGUUCGAUGCUGAUGAGACUCGAGCUGAAACACGACGAAUAGCUGGAACCCGUGGAUAUAUGGCUCCGGAAUACUUGAAUCACGGGCAAAUCUCAGCUAAAUCUGAUGUAUAUAGUUUCGGUGUUAUGCUUCUAGAGAUGAUAUGUGGGGAAAGAAACAAUAGCUUUCAAGGAGAAGGACUUGCAGCUUAUGCAUGGAAGAGAUGGGUUGAAGGAAAGCCUGAGAUUAUAAUUGAUCCUUUACUGACGGAGGGUCCGAUAAACGAGAUCAUUAAGUUGAUCCAGAUUGGUUUAUUGUGUGUUCAAGAGAAUGCAGCAAAGAGACCAACUAUGAGCUCGGUAAUAGUUUGGUUUGGCAGUGAGACUAUCAUCAUUCCUUUACCUAAAUCUCCGGCAAUGAGUGGAAGUCAAUGUCAAUCUGAAGAUGGUACAAUGUCAAUGAGCAAUGUCUUCACGGACUUGAGUUCCCGUUGAGUUGUAAUAGAGUGUCGUUGUAAUAUAGUGAAUCAAAAAGUUGUUCAAGAUAUGUAUAUUGUAUGUAUCAUCGGAAAAACGGAUAUUGGC